AUGGCUCUCUGGCCAUUCAAUCGAAAGAAGAAUCGUACGAGGAAACAAGGUGAUGGACUCUCCAGCUCGUCGUCCGGCCAGGUAGCUGGCUCGCUCUCUCGCACCACCAAGUCGGAAACCUCGAUCCCUUUCAACCACGGAGCCUCCACCACCACCGCAAAACCGAACCGGAGACACAGCAAACGAAGAAAAAACGGCCGUGACCAAGCAGCUUCUGGCAAUGAGGACACUUGUGUUCCUCCUCGCCAGAUAAUGACCCCAUCUCCCAUUCCGCCAGCUGAUCUCGACACGAGCCCGUCCUUUCACGCUUCCCCCCUACCUCGCUCCGAACGCGUCGGAUCUCCCGCUCCUCGAAUCUUUUCCUCCACCAAGCUUCAUGCCGCCAUCAACAUGUCCCAAAAUAGCCUGGCCAGAAGUAUCAACGAUAUCCCAACCCUACGCAAUAACCGAAUUCCCACCGAACCCGGCGGCCUUUUGCGCCGCAAAUCGAGCAAGCGCAAACGAAACGACUAUGCCAGAGAACAAGCAAUUAAAAAUAUGUCUCUGCAAGCAAUUAAUACUUACCGUCCACCAAGAUCCCACCGACAUUGGAGGUUCGCACCCCAAAUUCGACCAGCCGCGCUCCAUGUCCCCAGAUUCCCAAGCGUACAAGCUCAGCGUUUUCGACACAUUAACUCCUCGUCCUGUCUUGCGUUACGCGGAAACCCCGCGAUACGUACCUACACCGGAACCCCCAAGAUCCGCCGCCAACAAGGGCAAGGAGACCGUCGUCGAAGAGCGGCGAGACGAAGCGCUGGUCAAAAACCAGCAAAGCAACCCGAACGAGCUCCAGUAUACAAUCACAAUGCCACCGAUUUGAAACUAGAUACCGGCGCAGCUUUGGCCGAGCAAAAGUCUGAUCAAAUGGAGCUCUCUCAAACAACAAACCGCUCUGGAUCUUGGCUUCAAGACCCGUCCAAGGAAAGUUUUGGUGGGAACGGGAACGGCGCCACACAUGCACAGGCCCAAGAAACCCUCUCGCUUGGCGAUGAUGAGAAAUCGUUCGUCCAUGUUAUCGGCAGUAAAUCGGAUGCCCUUUCCCAACUCGCCGAGCAGGGUAUGGCUUCCAAUUCGGAUGUAUCACGAGCCCAGAGGAGUGAAAGGCGGUUGUCUUCAAAUGCCGGCCGUAUUGGCCGUUCACUGUCUUCUUUUUUCCGCCGCGGUUCUCGGUUCAGGAGAGAGCCUCGAACGCAAAACAGUGAAGGUCCAAGCUUCUCGGUUCCAUCUCGAGAAUCCUUUUCAAGGAUUUCGCAUACCGAAGCUGCAGGGAUGCCAUCAAUGAUACCCAAGAAAAGUAGUCUUCGUUUUGACGGCCAGUCCAUGCAGUCCAGGUUUACCGAACACUUUGACGAGCCUGUGUCUCCUGAAAAUAUCCGUUCUUCUACCGCGAUCGAUAUAUACCCCACCUCGAAUAGAUUAAGCGUCUGCACCGGUAAAUCGACAGCAACAGAAGCUCACGACCUUUUUCGCGCCUCGGGAGCCAACAGUCCGGAUACGCGGCCCAACAGCAUGCUUUUAGCUCAGUCGCUAGCAUCCAUUGAUUCGGAAGGUAGCUGGCUCUCAGGAAAGCCAUCUCGGCGCCUCUCUCAAGCGCGACUCGGCCAGUACCGUGGGAGUGCUGAAUCCAAGGAUGACCCAACUGACUCACCAGAGGACCGUACUGCCAGCGAUGGGCCUGUUCCCGUUCCGGUGCCUGAGGAAGACGAAGAAGACGCUGAGGUGUCCCAAGCAGGUAAAACAAACCUGCAAGACGGUGAAGCCACAACUUGGCAUAGCAGUGUGGGGAAGCGAGCCCGGCUGGUUAGUCCUGGCACCAGAGCCAAAUCAAAUGAAGGAUUAUUCACCGAGUUCCUUGAAAAUGCUUCUGAUGCUCACACUCCCGAGACUGAUAGCCCAGUCGAUAUUGAAGGUGAAAUGGAAGUUCGUCGUGCCACCAGUGUAGACCUAGGCAAAGGUCAUAUACGCCAUAUCAGUGCGGGUAGCGCGAAGCUCUUGAACUUGCCUCCUCGACAAUCAGAGGACCGAAGGCGCAGCUCAGGAGCAAUUAGUAGUGGUGCUCUACCGUCCAUGACAGUUAGCGAACAAAACCGGGAAACCGAUCCUUGA